CUUCUUAACGGACAAGUCGCCUUGCUAUCCCUUCAACUGCCAGAGGCGUCAGUGGAUCCGCCUCCAGUCUUUCUACAAUAUCCGCUCUUUCUCGGAAGUAUCCACAGGCGUAUAUGAGCGAGAUAGGACCGGAUAGGCAUUGGCGCCAUCUAGCAGUUGAUGGGAUACUACUAACGAAAUCCAAAGGCUCGCGUGAAUGCAAAGACAUGAGGUCCACGGCGAUUUUGGGGAUUUCGAUUUCGGGUUCGAGCAGCAAUAUGGUUCGACUACGAAAUACAACAUUCGCUGGUUUGGCGCAUGGAAUCCCGCCAUCAGCCUGUUCAAAAACUACCCCAAAGUAGUAGAAUUCACUUCUGUGGACCCCAGAGUCGCCGAGCUGCCAGACCCAAUCUUCUUAGAUGUGCAUUGUCGGGUUGGCGAGAUACUUAAUGAGUUUAAGCUUCAAAGGCUCUCACUUGAGCCGGUUAGUCACAUGAGGUUCUAGCCGAGAGGCUUGGAAGUUGCGUCGAGGAGGAAUAGUGUAUAUAUAUCUCAGCCUCAUGGAUAUAC